GUUGAGGACCAUCCCUGCGAUUCAGCGUGCGCUGCUUCUUAGAUGGAGGAUUUUGGUAACAGGCCGUGGCAAGCCUCCAAGGCCCUGUCUCUUUCCGUCUCAGGAACUCCAACAUGACCAGGAAGAUCUUCACAAACACCAGGGAGCGGUGGAGGCAGCAGAACGUCAACAGUGCCUUUGCCAAGCUGAGGAAGCUCAUCCCCACUCACCCUCCUGACAAGAAGCUGAGCAAAAACGAAACGCUUCGCCUGGCGAUGAGGUACAUCAACUUCCUGGUGAAGAUCUUGGGGGAGCAAAGCCUGCAGCAAACGGGAGUGGCUACUCCGGGAAACAUUCUGGGCCUCUUCCCCCAAGGACCCCACCUGGCGGACAGGACUCUCCUUGGUGACUACCAGGUUCCGUCACCUGGCCCAAGCCGCCACAUUCCAUAGUGGGACUCUGGCUGUCGUCACCCCAGGCAGCACUGGUUCAGAAGUCACUUGCUGUUGACAGCCUUUUGCAUGUUCCAGAGUCAGCUUGAUGAAUAAUUUGUGAGGCAUGAAUUUAAGCUUCACAGGAGGUGGUUCAGGGUCGGCUGCAGGAUGCUGAAAGGAGGCCACGAGGAACGUGGCUUGGGAGUGUGACACCCCCCAACCCCCCAGGGCUUUAGGCAGAGCAGCCUGUCUUUGUCUAUUUUAUAAAUCCAGGUUCUGCGUAAGGUGUUGAGAAAAAAAAAAAAAGACCUUUAGGUUAAAAACAGGUUUGAAAAUCACUAUUUUACUCUAUAUGUUUUCAGUUAUAAGAAAGGAAUUUUCUCAAAAUGGAUCUUGGAUGAGUAGAAAAUGCUUCCCUCUGAACAUAUUUUAAAGUUUGUUUUGAAAAAUAAGGUAUAUUUGAUUGCGGGUGAACAACAUAAGACAAAUGAAAAGAUUGCCCUUGCGGAAACCAACCUGGAGACUUGGGGGAAAAUCUGUGAAGAAAAGGCACUCCUGACACGUGAGGACCACAGGAAGGCAGCAGAUACCUGUGGAAGAGCUCUGCAUCCUUUAUCUCUAUGGAAAUGUGAGGUGUCACAUCAGGCCAUGUAUGUAUAUGUUAUGUCUAAAGCCAAAUGGUGGAUUAUACCUAUGAGAGAAAAGGACUUGAUAAUUUAUGAGAGUUCAUAGUUUUCUUAUGAAAAACAGUUGGCUAAAAUAGAUUUUCUAACCCCUUAGUUUCACUUGUCAGGUAUUGAAACUUUUAAUUUAGCCUGAGUUCCUGCUGACUUAAGAAAUGUAAAAUGCAAAUAUAAUGAUGAAAAUCUAAAUAUUACCAUUUAACAGCUUAUUUAACAGAGAGCUUAACAAAAGAUUUAACGUAGACGAUAGGAACGUUGAUACCAGACUGUAAUGAAUUAAUGAACGUGUGAGUUGCCCCUCCCCCCCACCAUGUAGCAAUCUUACGCUGGGAGGAGUGGUACCCACAAGUGAGUGAAACAGCGUGGAUCUGGCAGACCUCACUACCAUGUGCCUCCCUGAUGAUGCUUGGAUUCAAAAAUGAAUCCCAUACGUGAGCCCAGAAUACAAAUAAUGUCCUUUGAUUGUCUCUGGGACAUUUUAUUUCCCCAAAGUUCUUGAUGGUACAUUGGUUUUAAAACCUUCUGAACUACCGGUAGGAAAUGGAUGGGUUUGAGAUUAUGUACACACAAUAGAGGAAUUUAAAUUUUCUGCCACUCUAGAAAGAAGGCAUUUGAUUUAUGAAAGGCUGAAAUGAGCCUCUUUGGUUUGCAAUCAGAAGAAAUCUGGAUGAGGCCCCCUCAAGAUCUUGUUCUCCCAAAAUAGCAAGGUCAUAAUGUCAUUAAACUCUACACAGCAUUCACACUUUAGCACAAUUCAUUUAUCAGAAACAAUGCAUUUUCCAUGUAGGUCCUUUCUUUAAACUGCAUCCAAUAAAUGUCCCCACAGACCCAGAAUAGUCCAGGGAAACACAUAAACACAGAGACCAGGGGAUUUCCCCCAAAUUUGCAUUUCUCUCUCAUGAGCUUAUGUGGACUUAAAUUUGUCCCCAAACUACCA